AUGAAACAAUGUCAAUUAGAAUAUGAAGAUAAUUCAACAACUCAAUUAAUUAAUAUUAAUGAUUUAGCAAAUCCUUUUACAAAUGGUAAUAUAUCAGAAUGGGAACUUAAUCAUCUAUUACGUUCAACACCUUCUCUUCAACAUCUUUGCAUUACAUUUGGACAGAGUAUUGACACUAAAUUAGAUCGAGUUUUUCCGAUUCCAUUAAUCACUACUUUAAAACUUGAUUUCAAUGGUUCACUAUUAGCAUUGACAAGUAUUUUACAAAAUAUGCCUAAUUUACUACAUUUAAAACUCGAAACAGAAACGAUUAAUUUGAAUGGAAAUCAAUGGAAACAAAUAUUAAUUGAUUAUGUACCUAAGAUUAAAAUAUUUCGAUUUCUAAUGAAAGUUUUUUCAUUUAGACAUAAUUACACGGAAGAACAACUUGAAGAUUUCUUGGAUACUUUUCGAACUCCGUUUUGGCUUGACGAGCAUCAAUGGUUUAUUCGAUGCAAUUGGCCACAACAUAUCAAUAAAAAUCAAUGGUCGAAAACGACUUGUCCUACUGCUCGCGAUUAUAACUCUUAUGAUCGAGUAAUGAAUGUAUUUUAUAAAGGAUGUAUAGAUAAUUUAACUUUAUUGCCUAGAUGCUUCCCGAACAUUCGUCGCUUAACAUUAAGAUUUCCUUGCAAUAAUCAUUUUUGGACAAUCAUUCCGACAUUGGAUCAUUUGACAUCAUUGAAUGUAAUUGAAACUCGAAAAAAUAGUAGAUCAGAAUUUCUACUGGAAGAUUUACUUAAUCGAGCACCUCGCCUAGAUUUUCUGAGCGUUGAUGCGAUAUUAUUUUUAUCAUUGGUACAAUUGAAUAUCAGCUAUACAUCACUUCGUCGACUUCAAUUGAAACAUUAUCGUGCUAGAAUGAAUCGCUACAUGAACGCUACACAAUGUUCUAUAUUGGCUGAUUCAUUAUUCGGACAUCAAUGUGAAGUUCUUGAAAUUCGUGUUGAAAAUCGAACAAUUAUCCUUGAUCUUGUCCAUAAGAUGCACAAUCUUCGAGCAUUGAAUUGUGAAUGUCAAGACGAUAAUUGGAGCAAUAAUUCAUUAUUAUGUUCAAAAGAUGAACUUGUAGAAUGGUUGCGAAAUUCUUUGCCAAAAACAUAUUUAGUUAACCGACAUCAAUCUCAUCUCGUACGACUAUGGAUUAAUAGGUGA